AUGUCCGCGAUCCUGCGCCUCAUCGAGUUCACUAUCGAUGGCGGGGAGAGCAAGCGACUCGUGCCGCUCAAGCUCUUCUUCGCCAUUCACUACUGCGCCUUCUCCACGCAGACCUACCUGCCUAUCUACUUCGACCACACGGAGCACUUUGACAAGAUGCAGAUCGGCAUCUUGUUGACGCUCCCGUGCGUCUGCGCUAUCAUCGCUCCCCCCAUUUGGGGCGGCGUGGCCGACUUGAUCAAGAACCAGAAGCUUGUGCAUAUUUUUUGCCUCGUCACGACCGCACUCUUCAUGUUCUCGCUGCGCUUUGUGUCCACCUUCAACGUCAUGUGCCUCAUGCUCUUCGUAGCCAACUUCCAGACGCAACCUACGUGGUCGCUCCUGGAUCAGACGGCUAUGACGAUGCUCGUGCACAUUGGCGGCGUCUACGGCAAGCAGCGACUCUACGGUGCAGUCGGCUACGGUAUCGGCGGCUACUUCGCCGGUCUCAUGGCCGCCGCCAUCGGCAUCGCCUGGUGCUUCAACAUGGUCCUCGGUCUCUCCGUCAUCUCGCUCUUCAUCCUGCUACGCUUCAUCUCCGCCUACCAACCAGACGAAGACGGCGCCAAGACCGACUACCUCCAGUCACUCGCCAUUAUCUGGGACCAACCGGAUGUGCUUAUCCUGUACAUUGUGGUAUUAUUGGCUGGUAUCAUGGGAGGCCUCAUCGAUAGUUGCUUUGUAGACUUCAAUCCUGUCCGGGCAAACGACACGGAGACUGUGUCGGGAGUCUAUCAUCGGCCACUGGAGUACCAUUCUUCGGAAGUUGCCCACUUCUUCUUCUCCAACAAGAUCUUCGAACGCUUCGGAACGCCAAACUGCAUCAUCUUCAGUAUUGUGGCUUAUGGCAUCCGAAUGAUCGUCUACACGUACGCGCACAACCCGUGGGUGUGGCUACCGUUCGAGGUCCUACACGGCAUGACCUUCGGGCUGCUGUGGGCUGCCUUCACCAAUUACAUUUUCCAGUCCUCACCCGAGGGUACGGAGGGCACAAUGAUCGGUCUCCUAACUGCUGUGCAAAGGGGCAUGGGCGCUGCCUGCUCGACACUGAUGGGCGGCUACAUGUACGAGCACUUUGGUGGGCGUGCCAUGUGGGGCACUGGCGCCUUUGUGGUCUUCCCGGCUGCAUUUUUGUUUGCUCUCAUCUUCGCGUGGCUUGCUCGUGAAUACCCUGAAAAGAGUGCGGCAACCCAUGAAAAGUGGGGAAGCUCGUCCAGCUUGUGCUCGAUCGACAUCAACGAGCGCAUCACAAAGAAAAACGGCUACACGAAGAUUGACGGUGUGCCACAAGACGUGUAG